AAAUCCCAAAAGAAAUAGUGAAAAAUAGUAAAGCAGAUAAUGGGAGCAUUGGAGCUGAAGUCGAUUAUGUAGAGAAACUACUCAAUGUAAUGAAUAUCAAAGGUUUUAAUGUUUUAUACCCAACUUCCAUGUCUCCAGAUAUAUUCACUUUAAGACGUAUAACAGGAUUACAUUGCUCUCUAUGUAAUUGA